AAAUUAGUAGUGGGGAGAACAAAACCUCCAGAAUAAUUCCAGAAGAACCCAAAGUGAAAAACAUUAAUACAGUAUUCAAAUAUCCACCCAACAAAUAACGGCACAACAUAUAUUACAGAUAAGAGUUGAUAUUAUUAUAAUUAAUAUAAAUAAGUAAAUCACAAUCUCUUUGAAAACAAAACAGCAUCGGCAGCCGGACAGCACUCUGCGGUGAAAAAAUUCGACGAAAAAAGUACCCGAAAAACCGAGUGAAGUGUUCAGUGUGGUUGAGUGUAAUACAAGUGCGGUGAUUGGAAAUAAAUGUCUCCCCAUGUAUCUUAAAUCGAACUCCAACAGCUUGUCGUGUAAUUGCAACAACAACAAUAAUUGUACUCUUCAAAUGAACAAAAACAACAUGAAAAUCGACAGCAGAAGCAGCGAAUGCAGCAACAAGAUGGAGAUUAAAAAAAUUAAGAAAGACAUAAACAGCAACAAUAAUCACAAUCAGAGAGGCGAUGCGAAGAAAAACAAAACAACAGAAGUAAGAAAAGAAGAAGUAUUAGCUAUAAGAAAUAGAUUUCCCACAAAAAUACCUGUUAUAGUUCAAAGAUUUUAUAAAGAAACCCAUCUUCCUCAGCUAGACAAAUCAAAGUUUUUAGUCCCUCAAGAAAUCACAAUGUCCCAGUUCCAGACUAUAAUAAGAAAUAAAAUGAGAAUGAACCAAAACCAAAGCCUAUAUCUACUCGUCAAUAACCGAACAAUGAUGAGUUUAUCCACCUCUAUGUCAGAAGUAUAUAGCGAACAUGCUGGGACUGAUGGCUUCCUAUACAUAACCUAUGCAUCGCAAGAAGUCUUCGGUAGUGACGGCAACACCGCUUCGACAAAGCAAAAUAGAAUCAAAAUAAAAUAAAACUUUUUUUUAUAAAAUGUCCUCGAUUUUAUAUUUUACGGUGAUUUUUAUGUAAGGCUUCCCACACCCAGGGCAGCGCGAGAUUCGUGUGUGUGAACUUUUUUACUCGAUAAAGAUGUGAUUGUUGUUUUACGAAAAUUUUUAAGGUAUUGCAUGAUUGUAUGUAUAGAAUUAAAUAACUUAAAAUUGUUGUAAAAAU